AGUACUUUUGUUUUGUAGCCCGGUAUCCCCGGCCCCCGCAUAAAUAACAAAACCGUUGUCAACUUCUACGCGAUGUAUACGCCCCGCUUGAUAAAAUACUAAGAAAUCGUCUAAAGUUUUCAGCAUGAGAAAGAACUUUAAAAUAUUGCAUUAAUAUUUUUAUUUGUGUUAUUUUGUGCUAGAAAUCUACAAUAUGUCAGUAAGUGCAAGUGCAGAAAACCUUUCGACGGAUGCACAGAGUUGUGAUGGAGGAUCCAUGUGUCUCGAGCUCGCUCUCGAAGGUGAGAGGCUCUGCAAGGCUGGCGACUGCAAAGCAGGAGUAGCCUUCUUCCAAGCGGCGAUACAGGCGGGAACAGAUGACCUACGCACCCUGAGCGCAAUAUACAGCCAAAUGGGCAACGCUUAUUUUUACCUUGGUGAAUACCAUAAAGCAGUGCAGUACCACCGACACGAUCUAACUUUAGCAAGAACCAUGAAUGAUAAGCUGGGCGAAGCCAAAGCUUCAGGUAAUCUAGGCAACACCCUUAAAGUAAUAGGAAAGUUCAAUGAGGCCAUACAGUGCUGCCUCCGACACCUGGAGAUAUCUCGCUCCCUGGGCGACAGAAAUAGCGAGGGUAGAGCUCUGUACAACCUGGCCAACGUAUACCAUGCCCAAGGUAAACAUCUGGGAAAGGUCGGACAAAACGAUCCGGGACAUUUUCCCCAAGAGGUGCGCGAAUGCCUUUUACAAGCAGUCAACUAUUAUGAACAAAAUUUGGUACUCAUGCGUGAGCUGAACGAUCGCCUAGCCAUCGGUCGGGCUUGCGGCAACCUUGGAAACACUUACUACCUGCUUGGUGAAUUUAAUGUAGCUGUUCAGUACCACACGGAGCGACUGGAAAUGGCCAAGGAAUGUAAAGACAAGGCAGCCGAAAGACGCGCCCACAGCAAUCUUGGAAACUCACACAUUUUCCUCGGGCAGUUUGAGAACGCGGCCGAUCAUUACAAACAGACUUUGGCGAUUGCCGAAGAAUUAAAAGACGAAGCGGUGGUCGCACAAGCCUGCUACUCCUUAGGGAAUACGUACACGUUACUCCGGGAGUAUAGAAUUGCGGAAGAGUACCAUGCUAGGCACCUGGAGGCGGCCAGGAAGCUUCAGGAUCGAGUUGGCGAAGGCAGGGCCUGUUGGUCUCUGGGCAACGCCCACGCGGCUCUCGGCAACCACGAGAAAGCAUUGUAUUAUGCCAUUGAACAUUAUACCAUAUCGAAAGAGAUCUGUGAUGUGCUGGGGAUGGCCACGGCACAGAUGAACAUCAACGACCUCCGCAAGGUGCUCGGGCUCCCGCCGCUCGCCGAGACCGCCGCAGCUCAGCCCGCCCCGCCAGACCAAGCCGGCUCCAGCCAGACGCCCUUCAACGCCCUUCGUGUGAGGAGGCAGAGCAUGGAACAGCUGUCCCUGAUACAAUUGACACCCGACGGUAAGAAGGACCCCGAGGACGCCCAGAAGAAAGCCGUGCUGAUGCGUUCGGAAUCCGAAGACAGCCCCAUGGAGUCCUUCCUCGAUCUGCUAUCCAAAUACCAAUCCGAGAGGAUGGAUGAGCAGCGAGCCACCCUCGUGGAGACCAAAGAAAUCCAAGAGACUCCCAAACCAACUGAGAAGCCGAAGCCCAGCUCCAGCAAACUGUUCCGCUCUUCCAGCAGCGGCAGCAAGCAGUACGAUUCGAACGAGGCGCUCUUGGACAUGAUCACCGAUCUCCAGUCCGAGCGCAUGGACUCCCAGCGCGCCGAGCUGCGCCCGAUCAAAAAGAAGCUGUCCAAGGAAAUGAAGGGGACCUCGCUACCCGGCCUCCGCACCGCCCGCGUCGCCGGCGCCAAGCCGGAGGACGAUUUCCUCGACAUGAUUGCUCGUGUACAGGGCACCCGGCUCGACGAUCAACGGACCGAGAUGCCUCGUCCCAAGGCCGACCCUCGUCCCAAGACCGUGCCCGAUGACGAUUUCUUCGCUCUGAUCAUGAGGGCCCAGUCUGGACGUAUGGAGGACCAACGAGCUGCCAUUCCGAAGCCGGCCGAGAACCGACAGAGCAAGCCGGCCCCCAAGCCGCGUAAAUAGCUAUUGCACCACGAAGUGCUCAUCUAAAGAGCACAAAGUUGAUUCGAUCGGACGCCGCCGCAGAAACACUGAGAACCAUCCAUCAUAAUCAGGACAACAUCGAGCGGCGCAACCACGAUUCGAACAACUAGAGUUGGCAUUGACCAACCAACCAACCAAGCAAAUAAAUCGUCUUCUCGCAUUAAAACUGUAUUAUCUCAAAACUUACUAAUAUUACAGGAGAGUGUUUUAAAGGUUUAAAAUGUUAUAUUUAUAAUAUUAAUCAUAUUUGCAACAUUUAUUUUUUUAUUUUUUACCAGUUAAAUUUAACUAUCUCUUAAAGUAAGAUAAAAUUAUGUAUUAAUUUUGUUAAUAGUAGUCAAAAUAUAGGCAAAGUAAAAAAAAAACUAAAACUAAACUACGCUAUUUGUGAGAAAAAUACUGGUGAUACUAUAGGUUUUCGCAUAUUAACCAAUAUUUUUGGAAAAUGUACACUUUUAAUGCGAAAAGGCGAAAUGUCAUAAAAGACGCCACGUACGACUUCAUUCUGUCUGUUUAUCGAACGUUCGAUCGUUUGUUACAAAUCAGGGUAAAGCUUCUCACGUUAACAAAAAGAGGAUUUCAUGGUUGUGAAUGAGAUUAUUAUUGAGACAUUGUGUCUAAAUGAGUCAAGGACGUUAGUGUCAGAUGUAACAAACGAACGGUCACGAUGAACUUGUUUCAAAACAUAUAAUUGUAUUUUAGCGCCGUUGCGCAUCAUGAAUGUUGUGUACGUAGUUAGAAUUAGUGUUUCAAGUGAUUGUUUGGAAAAGUUAUAAAUUUUUUCGAGGCCUUCGCAUUCAAAAAUCCCUUCCAAAUAUAUAUUGAUAUAAAUAAAUACAAAUAUUGAUGUUAGAAAGAUAUCGCUUAAUGUUUUACAUUGAGAAGACGGUGGUUUAUUAAAUUAACCAUCUAAAAUAUUUGGAGAACUUUCUGAGAUUAAACACAUAACCCAAGUUAGCAUAAACCGUAAUAAGUUCUUCAACAUUAUCUGCCUAUGACUUUCAUUAAAACUUCACAAGCAGGCGCUUUCUCCUAUAUUCUCGGUGUAAAACAUAUUUACUAUCAAAUAUAAAUAAAUAAAAUAUACAUAUAUAUAAGUUCUUACAUAUUAAUGUGUCAAAACAUAUUUAUUAAAAAUAUGUAACGUAUGGUCAUACUUGAUGUGAUCCCGUAGUAUGAACUCAAGUGUACGAGUAUGUACGAGUGGUAUAAUGCUACUACAUACUGCUGGUAUAACAAUGUGUUCUCGUACUGUGUUUUAUUCUUGGACGCGUCCGAAUAUCUCGGUGCUUUAACCAAUUUAACUCAUUAUUAAAAUAUUAUAGACUAAUAAAUGUGUCAAACAAACAUAUAUGUAGCUAUAUAUUAUAUAUAUUUUGACGUAAGGGUUUUCAGAGUUAUUGAUGUGAGCUUAGAUAAAAUGACAGCAUAAACUAUAGACAGUAGGGGCUGAUUUGCAGAGAGAUAACAUUUUAAACGUGAAAUCUGAUUAUGUUGUGCAAAAUAAUAUUGUAGGGACGAUAUCGGAUGAUAAUUAGAAAGAUAGUGGCCUCGUUAUAACAUAUUCUCCCGUUAUUAUCACUACUUAUCAAGGAACUGCCCUCAGUAAGUCAGCCAUCAUGCCAACACUGCUGAAAAUUAAUUAUUGACGUAGUUAGUAAAGAAAUCUUGUUGUUAAAUGUAAAUGUUAGUCGUAAAUCAAAUUUACUAAGUUGUACGGCACAAAGCCUAGUAUAUAUUAUUAUUAUUAUUACCGCUUUACGUUUUGACGGGGGCGCAUCAUAAUUAGCCCGAGAGCCCGUGGGAUCUACCUGUAUGUAUUUGACCAGACCUGAAUUUUCGUACAUUGAGACCCCUAUACCUACCAUGCAUGAGGUGGGGACUCACUAAGCUCAAAGUGGUCGACGCGCCGAGCGCUCAGGUAGGACAGGUACCGAUUUUGACGGAUUUUAAAUCCAUUUGACCACGUCUGCCGUUUUGAAAUUUUGAAAAUAUAUGAUUAUUAUUAUCGGAAAAUAAGAAUGGCAGACCAUUAUCGCGCAUUUUACUUUGUGGCAGACCACUUUGAAAAUGCUAAAUUGCAUUGAAAAAGCAAAAUUUUGAAAGUAAUUGACUAGAUCUGCCAUUGAUUUAAUAAUAUGUUGUUUAUUAUAGUCUUAAAAACUUAUAUUGAUCACGGCAGACCUCUACAUUGCGUACAUACAUCAACAUAUAAUAAAAUCUUAGCUACUACCCGGCCAGAUGUAUAUUAUGUUUUCCGUUCACUGUUUUAGAGGAAUAUAAUUUACUUGCGAUUUACUUUAGCAAUGUAUUUACCGAAAUUAAUAUUUUUUUAUAUUCUUUAUACUAAACUUCAUUAGUUAGACAAUAAAGAAGUGAAUUUUUUAUGGAAUAAUUAUAAAUAAUACGGUAUAAUGCUGAUCAAAAAAGAAUUCAAUUCCUCAUUUUUAUUUCGUCAAGACAAAAUUUAAAAGUGUUAAAUCAGUUAAAAAAAUAUAUCAUGCAUGCAUUACAUAUUAUAUAUAUAUAUAUAUAUAUAUAUAUAUAUAUAUAUAUAUAUAUAUAUAUAUAUAUAUAUAUAUAUAUAUAUAUCAAUAUUCAUUCAUCAUCAUCAUCAUCGGAGUCAUCUUUAUCGUUAGGCGACUCGUCUUCAUCAACCAUUGAAUCGAAUACUGCAAAAAUAAAACAUAAAUUGUAAAAUGAACGUAAAUUCAUCUGAACAUGUUCGAGAAAGAAUUGUUAUCAACUUACCAGGAACAUUGGUGAUUAAGUCACUCACAAAAUAUGGAAGUUGGUCACCUUCGAACCCUUUGAAGGCAUAUAUGUUGUCCUGCUCAAUCCAACCAUACUCCAAUGGGUCUAAAGUUGUGAGUUGCUUUUUGUAAGCAUUUCUCCAAAUAGAAGAAAUAUAGUGGGCCCUCAAAAGUUGUUGAUAAAGCUCACUCUUAUGCGGUGGUAUUGAGCUUGCCUCAAAUUUUUGAUUUUUUUUUCUAUAAUUUUCAUUGAUGUCUGAAUAUUUAUAGUUGCUAACGAAUAGCUGGAACCUUCCAUCAUCUACAUCACUAGAUUUUUUGGCAUUGUAUAGCUGGCAAGUUAAAUUUUGAAUGAUAAAAAUGAGGAAUUGAAUUCUUUUUUGAUCAGCAUUAUACCGUAUUAUUUAUAAUUAUUCCAUAAAAAAUUCACUUCUUUAUUGUCUAACUAAUGAAGUUUAGUAUAUAGAAUAUAAAAAAAUAUUAAUUUCGGUAAAUACAUUGCUAAAGUAAAUCGCAAGUAAAUUAUAUUCCUCUAAAACAGUGAACGGAAAACAUAAUAUACAUCUGGCCGGGUAGUAGCUAAGAUUUUAUUAUAUGUUGAUGUAUGUACGCAAUGUAGAGGUCUGCCGUGAUCAAUAUAAGUUUUUAAGACUAUAAUAAACAACAUAUUAUUAAAUCAAUGGCAGAUCUAGUCAAUUACUUUCAAAAUUUUGCAUUUUCAAUGCAAUUUAGCAUUUUCAAAGUGGUCUGCCACAAAGUAAAAUGCGCGAUAAUGGUCUGCCAUUCUUAUUUUCCGAUAAUAAUAAUCAUAUAUUUUCAAAAUUUCAAAACGGCAGACGUGGUCAAAUGGAUUUAAAAUCCGUCAAAAUCGGUACCUGUCCUACCUGAGCGCUCGGCGCGUCGACCACUUUGAGCUUAGUGAGUCCCCACCUCAUGCAUGGUAGGUAUAGGGGUCUCAAUGUACGAAAAUUCAGGUCUGGUCAAAUACAUACAGGUAGAUCCCACGGGCUCUCGGGCUAAAUGUUAUUAUUGGAAAUAUUGAGAAUAUUUAAAACCUGAAAUUCAGACAACUAUUGUUAGAAUCAAUCUAUAGGUAAAAUAGCGAUACAUGGUUUCGUUAUUUAUUAAUUUCGAUUAUGCAUCUUUUCUGACCUUUAAAUUUGAUUUUCUAGUUCUGUUUGUUCUUACUGAAUAUUGACUCAACCUCACAUUUAGAUAAUUAAGUUAUUUGACCAUUGUUUUGUAACAAGGCCUGUGAUUUUGGACUAUCAGAAACUGAUUAUUUUACCUAUAAAGUUGUAAAUAGCUUUACAACCCUUUUUUGUGUUUUAUAAAUAUCGAUUAUUUUUACUUUUCUAUCGAUUUCAUCACAAUAAUAUUUUUAUAUAUUUUGGACAGUUUACAUAUUUUAUUGGUACUACUUUUAAGACGAUGUAUUUUUUGAUAAUAUUAUUGUUGUUUUAAGCAAGCCUGUUCUAUUUUACAUAUUACAAGCGAUAAAUGAUUACAUCUCUAUGUGGUUGUAAAUCUUCAGAAUGUCCACCGAUAUUGAUGUCAUAAAUAAAAUGGUAUUUGUUUUUCUUAUAAUGUAAUCAUUGUGUCAUUUUAAUAGAUAGCUAUGCACGUAAUAAGAAUACUGAGGUAAUUGCAACUUAAAAUCUAUAUAGAACAUAAAUGUGUAAUCUAAAACAUUCCUUUUCGUGGUGAAUUGUAUUAGUUAAUAUAAUAUAAUAUAAAGUAAUUAUAUAUCGAUGCAAAUGAACGCGAUGAUGAUGCUUUGAUGAGAGUAAUAAAGUACACGGUUAUCGGAUGCGACUAAUGAUUCCUGCUACUCGCGAUGAUGCUAAUGCUGUGCACUUGUCGGUUUUCACAACUGCUCUGUGCUUAGUGCGAAUUUUUUAACGUUCUCGAUAGCGUAGAAGUUAACUCUAAAUUUGUAUUGAAUUGGAACGCUUGCCUACGUUUGCCGCUAGGGGCGCUGUUCUAUUCGCACUAAGCACACUGAUCUCAUGCGUUACGAUGUGUGUCGAUAUAUAAAGCAUCUAAUGUUAUGUAUAUUCCAUUCCAUGUGCAUUUCAGAUAUCAUAGCCAAUGAUGUAUGUGUCUAAAAGUUGUCAAAAGAUCUCCAGUAAAUAAAUGUGAAAAAUAUA